AUGAAAAUAUCCAUUGAAAAAACCAAAUGUAUGACGAUCGCCAAAGAACCGAUUCGAUGUAAACUAUCGAGUGAAGAUCAGUCAAUUGAGCAGGUUAUGAGCUUCAAAUACCUUGGAGUCGAAAUUACGAGCCAUCGAGAUAACAACAAGGAGACACAGGUUCAAACAGCAAAGGCCUCUGCAAUAUCGGGCUACCUUCGCGAUGUCAUAUGGAAAAAUAAAUAUAUGCUAAUUGAAAAUAAGGUGCGUGUUUACAAAACUUGCGUGAGCCCCAUAAUGACAUAUGCAGCUGAAACAAGAGCAGACACGUCAUCGACCAAACAAAGAUUGCGAGCCACAGAAAUGCAAACUCUUAGGCAGAUCUGUGGAUACACUUUGCUUGACAAAAAAAGAAGUGCAGAUGUAAGAGAAGAAUGCAAAAUUCAAGAUAUUGUUCGAUGGACUAGAUGCAGACGGCGCUACUGGAGGGACCAUGUGAACCGCAUGAGCGAGAACCGACUACCCAAAAUAGCCAUGACCAACAAGCCCAACACCAAAAGACCCCCAGGCAGACCUCCUAAAAGGUGGCAUGAGUGCUGGACCUUUACAUCCCACGAUCAUGAAAAUCCAUAA